AGGAAGUGAAGACGCCCAAUCCCUGAGUCUUUAAAAAGCAGGAGGCUGCUCUGCUGCUCACUUCAGCUGUUUCUUAAACCUGCUGAGGAAAGAACGGCACACUACAAACACUGACAGGAUGGCAAAGAUGAUUAAGAAGGUGGACUUCCACUGCCAGUCUAACAACUCGGCCCAUCGCACCAUUGAAAUAACAACUGAGCAGCUGAUUGUGAGGCGGGGACAGUCCUUCCUCCUCACUCUGGAAAUGGUGAAACCUGUCAGGGCCCACGACCCGCUCGCCCUCAUUGUGGAGACAGGUCCAGCUCCUUCAGAAAAGCAUGGGACCCGUUCUGAGUUUGGUAACCCGUCCCCAAUGUACACCAGUGACGUCAAGGCCAUUUGGAAGUACAGUACUGACAAGACAUCCAACCUGGAGAGAGGGAUCAUGACCCUGUCCGUGACCCCACCGGCCGACGCUCCUGUGGGGAGGUACUCGCUGUCUGCAAAGACCCUGAGUGAAAGAAUCACCCUGGGAACUCUGGUGGUGCUCUUCAACCCCUGGUGCUCAGAUGACUGGGUGUUUCUACCUGAUGAAAGAGAAAGACAAGAGUAUGUGAUGAACGAACAAGGACUAAUCUAUACAGGAACGUCAAGAUACGCCCACCCGUUGGACUGGGUCUUUGGACAGUUUGAGGAGGAAAUGGUGGACAUUUGUCUCAAGAUGUUGGAUAUCAACCCAAAAUAUUUAAGAGAUCCGGCUGAUGACGUCUCUGCUCGCUGUAACCCCAUCUAUGUUAGCCGUGUGGUCAGCGCCAUGAUCAACUCUAACGGUGAUCGAGGUGUGUUAGUGGGACGCUGGAGUGGAGACUACUCUGAUGGAGUAAGGCCCACCCACUGGAUCGGAAGCGUUAGCAUCCUCCAGCGCUGGUAUCAAAACAACUGCAACCCAGUGAAGUACGGACAGUGCUGGGUGUUUGCUGGUGUCAUGUGCACAGUGAUGCGGUUCCUGGGAAUCCCAUGUCGCGUUGUCACAAACUUCCAGUCAGCUCAUGACACAAACAACAGCCUCACCAUCGAUGAGUAUUAUAACGACAACGGAGCCACAGAAGGCAAAGACAGUGUCUGGAACUUCCAUGUGUGGACGGAAGGAUGGAUGAAACGACCAGACCUCAAGAAAGGAAACAGCUUUGAUGGAUGGCAAGUCUUGGAUCCCACUCCACAGGAAUUAAGUGACGGGGUGUACUGCUGUGGUCCAGCCUCAGUCAAGGGCAUCCUCCAAGGCGAGGCUCACUUGAAAUAUGACAUGCCAUUUGUCUUUGCUGAGGUCAAUGCUGACAUUGUCAAGUGGAUGGUCACUGCCCGUGGUCUGAAGAAGAAAAUGCACUCUGACACCAAGACAGUAGGCCAGAACAUCUCUACCAAGGCUGUUGGUUCCAACAUGAGAAAUGAUAUCACAGACAGCUACAAACACAAAGAAGGCAGUGCAAAGGAGAGGGCCAUCUUCAGGCGAGCACUCAACCGAGUGAACUCAGGAGGUGAUCAAGAGGGUGAUACCAGAGACGAGCCACUUAAGUUGGAGAUGAAAUUCAAAGAGGAGACCACAAUGGUGAAUGGUCAGGACAUCAAACUGCAGCUGACACUGGGCAACAAAGAUCGAACCAUUAAGACAAUGUCCAUCCGUGUCAACGCUCAGGCCAUGAUGUACAACGGCAAACCAGCAAACAAUAUCCAGAGCACAAUCCAGGAGAAGACCAUACUGCCUGGACAAGAGGUGAUCCUACCUAUUCAGAUCCCGUUCUCAGCCUACAGUAAAUUCAUGGCCAACUGUGACAGCAUGAAGGUUUCAGCGGUGGCCACUGACAAACAGCAGGAAGAUGACAUCUAUGAGACUGAGACUGACAUCUCCCUGGAGGACCCUUCAAUCUCCAUUAAGGUUCUGGGUGAGGCCCGUGUGUUUCAAACCUUGACCUUGGAGGUGGAAUUCAAAAACCCGCUGAAUGAGAAGCUGUGGAACUGCUCUCUGACUGUCAUCGGAUGUGGCCUUUUCAAAUCGGAUUACGUAGAAAGCAACGUGAAAGAUCUGGAGCCAAACAGCACGUUGAGGCUGAGGGUCACCACGAUGCCCUACAAGGCCGGGAUAAAGACGGUGGUGGCCGACUUCGACUGCAGCGCCUUCAGGGACGUGAAGGGCAGCUGCACCUUCCAAAUCAAUCCCUGAAGCUCUCCAACCUCCCUGUCCGCCUUGGGUCUAAUUAUGGCUAAAAUAAGCAGGAUAUUCAUCGUAGUCACGACUUAUUAUUCACACUGCGCUGGUGUAAGGGUUUGUGCUUCAUCGUGUUCAAGCUGAUUAAACAUAUCUUAAUAAAAAAAAAUGUGAGAAAUCAUAUCAUAUCAUUCAACUUCUCAAAUA